GCAGAGAUGCCAGCAGAGCGUUUGCCACAGGCGACUUCAGCCCCGCGGGGCUGGUGGAUGACGUCUCUGCGCUGACGCCCAGCGAGCUGCUCGCCAUCCACGGCUGGCUCAGCUUCUACAGAGACAACUACGAGCCCGUGGGGAAGCUGGUGGGCAGGUACUACGAUGAGGAUGGUGCCCCAACAGAAGCCCUGAGGCAGGCUGAGGCUGCCAUCGAGGAAGCUCUCAAGCUCCAAGCAGAAAGUGAGCAGAGGAAGCAGCAGUUCCCACCCUGCAACUCUGAAUGGAGCUCUGCUAAGGGCACCAGGUUCUGGUGCUCUAAACAGAGUGGGGGAGUGAGCAGAGACUGGGCUGGAGUCCCUCGGAAGCUGUACCGACCCGGCUCGAAGGAGAGUCAGUGUGUGUGUGUGAGGAGCACAGGGCCCCCGUGGGGACAGCCACCCUCCUCCCAGCACAGGGCCAGAGGGGACCUGGACAACCCUCACCUGCAGGAGUACGAGGGCUGCCACCCCCUGGCAGAGCAGUGUGUCCUGGUGGGAUGA